CAGAGGGGAAGAGAGUAAGAGGGCUGGAAAAGAGAGACUGAGAUCAAAGAGCGAGAUGGAGACAGACAGAGAUAGCCUCACCAGACGACUGCCAUUAUAAUUAGUGUUUACGGAACUUUUUUCAGAGCUAAUGAUCUGCUCUUGUGUGAGUCAUAUGGAGAUAAUUUAGACUGGUGGCAACGUGCAGCACAGAGCAUCGCCAGAACUCCUUCACAUUCACACAGACAGCAGGCAGUGUCUCCAUCAUGAGGCUGGUGUGGAAGUCCCUGGACAAGAUGAGGUGUUUCCGUAAACGCUCCACCAUCCCCUUCCUGGGGCUCCUGAUCACAUGUCUUCUGUUCUUCAACCUGUACAUGGAGGAUGGAUACGUCUUGGAGGCGGGUAAAAGACAGCUGAUGCAUCCUUCCAACUCUGAGAGAUAUGUUCACACCUUUAGAGAGCUCACGAAUUUCUCUGGAACCAUAAACGUCACAUACCGUUACCUCGCUGGGAAUCCACUGCCCCGGAAAAAAUAUCUAACCAUUGGGUUGUCAUCUGUGAAAAGAAAAAAAGGGAAUUACCUCAUGGAGACGAUCAAAUCCAUUUUUGACCAGUCCAGUUAUGAGGAACUGAAAGAGAUUGUGGUGGUGGUUCACCUGGCAGACUUUGACCUGGCCUGGUGUGAAAAGCUGGUGCAGGACAUCUCCAGGAAGUUUGCCCACCACAUCAUCGCUGGGCAUCUCCUGGUGAUCCAUGCCCCUGAGGAGUACUACCCAUCACUGGAUGGGCUGAAAAGGAACUACGACGACCCAGAGGACAGGGUACGCUUCCGCUCCAAGCAGAACGUGGACUACGCCUUCCUUCUCAACUUCUGCACCAACCUUUCAGAUUUUUACAUGAUGCUGGAGGACGAUGUGCUCUGCUCACGGAACUUCUUAACAUCCCUGAAGAAGGUGGUCACCUCCAGGGAAGGCUCCUACUGGGUGAUGCUGGAAUUCUCCAAGCUUGGCUACAUAGGGAAGCUCUACCAAUCAAGAGACCUUCCGCGCCUGGCCCACUUCCUGCUCAUGUUCUACCAGGAGAUGCCUUGCGACUGGCUCCUUAUUCACUUCCGGGGCCUGUUGGCCCAGAAAAAUGUGAUCCGCUUCAAGCCCUCUCUGUUCCAGCACAUGGGCUACUACUCCUCAUAUAAGGGAGCAGAGAACAAGUUGAAGGAUGAUGACUUUGAAGAGGACUCUAUUGAUAUCCCUGACAACCCUCCUGCCAGCCUGUACACUAACAUUAAUGUAUUUGAAAACUAUGACGCCACCAAGGCUUAUAGCAAUGUGGACGAAUACUUUUGGGGGAAACCCCCCUCUACUGGAGACUUCUUUGUCAUUGUCUUUCACGAACCAAGCAAUAUUAGCAAUAUCAACAUCUUGACAGGAACGGACGAUCGUCAGAAUGAUAUCCUGCACCAUGGAGCUCUGGAAGUAGGAGAGAAGCUGGUGGGGACAAAGAGAGGAAGGCAAUGUUCUUCCUACAUCACGUUAGGGGAGUUUAAAAAUGGCAACAUUGACGUUCAAGACGUGGACCACAAGAUUGCCUUUGCCAUCCAGUGUGUUCGUAUUGUGGUGACUGCCAGUCAGAAUGAAUGGCUGAUUAUUAGGAAAAUAAGUCUGUGGACGACAUAGUUGGCACUCAGAGGGCCCAUACUAUCUGGACUAAAGUGUUGUAUUCAUUUAUAUAUAUUGAUUAUAUUGGAUGCUCUAUGGUUUAUAUUCCUUUAUACUUUGCAUACAGUAGCCUACAUUUUUUAGAAUCUGAAACAAUUAGACUAUUAGGUUGUCAACAUUGUAUGUUUUUCAUAAAAUAAAA